AUGCGAAAAGUUGCGAACUUAUCCAUGCAAGAUGAGCUGGCCGCAAAGGAAGAAGAGCUGGGGUCAGCUGCACAAAAGGUUUCGAUGGUUUCUGAACGUUUAGAAAUGGAAUUGGCGGCUAAGCAGGCUCUUCAAGCUAAAUACAACUGUGUCAAGGCUGAUCACCAAAAAUUUCUUCUCCGGCAAAAAGUCGAAGAACUUGAGGAUCUUGCGUUGAUUAGAGCACUUUGUCGAGAGCUCAAAGAUAAGCAGGACGCAAUGGAAACUCUUCAAGCUAAAUACGACCGUGUCAAGGCUGAUCAACAAAGGACUCGCGGACGCUUCAAACUUCUUCUGAGAAACAACUCACUACAAGAACGGUUCCAAUAUCUCACAGUCAUGAUGGACGAGACUGAGAAUGAGCUCAUGUCUUUGAUGGAACAAAACGAAGAUCUUCGUCAAAAGAACGAUUACCUGGAGGCUGAUAAAAAGAAGUUACGACAGGAUGUUGAAAUUCUGGAGGGAAGUCAUCAACUUCUCGCGGAUAUCGUGAACAACGCCUUUAUCGAUUCGUCGGAGCCAUUUAGGAAGGAUGAGCCAGUGGAGAAGAAAGAAAUGUCUGAUGCUAAUGUUCAAACUGAAGACUUCGGACAUCUCGAGGAUGGAUGGACCUUGUGUACAACUAUCGAGGUAAAGUUGAUUGGAGCACUUUGUCGACAACUCAAGGAUAAACAGGCCGCAAUGGAAGCUCUUCAAGCUGAUUACGACCGUGUCAAGGCUGAUCAACAAAAGUCCCUUCUCCGGGAAUUACGCGACCAGCAGGAAUUCGAAGAACUUGUGGAUCUUUAUCGGAAGGCUGCUGAGCAAAAUGAGAAGCUCCGCGGUCGAAUGGAAAAUCAAGGUCUGUUCGCGUUUUGGAGCAAUGGAGUUUUGGAUCAAACGUUUCGAUCGCUUGAGGAUUCGUUCGAAGAAGCGAUUGCGAAACAAAGCGAGAUCGGCGCGCUUGGGAGCAAUGGAGUUUUGGAUCAAACGUUUCGAUCGCUUGAGGAUUCGCUGCAAGAAGCGACUGCGAAACAAAACGAAGUUGACCAAAUGAUCGUCGAUGUUCGGAAGAAGCAAAAGCCAAGGAUCUGCGGAUGCUACAGACCUCUUCUGUCCAAUACAUCUAAAAUUUGCUUCCGUUGCAACGAGGCAAUGAGUGGAGCAAUCGGGUCGCGAAUCGAAGUUGGGCCCUGUGGUUGCGAGGAGAGCAUGCAGUUGCGGCAUAGAAAUAACUCACUACAAGAACAGCUCCAAUAUCUCACGGAUGUCGUUGGCAAGGAUGAGACUGAGGGUGAUCACGUGUCUUUGAUGGAACAAAACGAAGAUCUUCGUCAAAAGAAUUAUCAUCUGGAUGCUGAUAACAAGAAGUUACGACAGGAUGUUGAAAUUCUGGAGGGAAGUCAUCAACUUCUCGCGGAUAUCGUGAACAACGCCUUUAUCGAUUCGUCGGAGCCAUUUAGGAAGGAUGAGCCAGUGGAGAAGAAAGAAUUGUCUGACGCUCAAACUGAAGUCUUCGGACGUCUCGAGGAUGGAUUCCCUGUGUGUACAACUAUCAAGAUGAUUGAAGCACUUUAUCAAGAACUCAAGGAUAAGCAGGCCGCAAUGGAAAAAGAGCUGGGGUCAGCUACACAAAAAAUGGCGAGGGUUUUUGAACGCUUAGAAAUGGAAUUGAAGGCUAAACAGGCUCUUCAAGCUGAUUACGACCGUGUCAAGGCUGAUCAACAAAAGUUACUUCUCCGGGAAGAACGCUACAAGCAAGAAUUCGAAGAACUUGAGGAUCUUUAUCGGAAAACUGCUGAGCAAAAUGAGAAGCUCCGCGAUGAAAUGGAAAAUCAAAGGCUGGACGCGUUUGGGAGCAAUGGAGUUUUGGAUCAAACGUUUCGAUCGCUUGAGGAUUCGCUGCAAGAAGCGACUGCGAAACAAAACGAAGUUGACCAAAUGAUCGUCGAUGUUCGGGAGAAGCAAAGAGCCAAGCAAAUGCAAUCGCGGAUUCUUCGAACCUCUUCUGGCAACGAGGCAAUGAGUGAAGCAAUCGAGUCGCGAAUAGCAGUUGGGCCCUGUGGUUGCAUGCAAUGGCAUAAAAACAACUCACAACAAGAACAGCUCCAGUGGCUCGCAGAUGUCGUAGGGGAUGAUAACAAGAAGUUACGACUAGCUGAUGAAAUUCUGAAGGGAAGUCAUCAACUUCUCGCGGAUAUCAUGAACAACGUCUUUAUUCUUUCGUCGAAGCCAUUUAGAAAGGAUGAGCCAACGGAGAAGAAAGUAGGAGCGUUUUCGCUCGAAGAAGCUAUUGCGAAACAAAACGAGUUCGACCAAAGGAUCGUCAAUGUUCUGAAGAAGCAAGAGCCAGGAUGCUUCAAAUCUCUUCUGGUGGGCUUCUUGGUGAUCGUCAUAGUCUUCUUCGCCUCGCUCGCUUCCGUUCCCGUCGACUCAACCGACCCAAAUGCGCUUUAUGAUCGACAUCACUACAUC